AUGUCAGACGAUCUUGAUACCAGCCAAAUCGAAAAUUGGCGAUCAAUUAUCACGCUUAUCAUUUUUGCCUUGACCAAUAUCGUUGUACUUUUUCCAUUUGAUGUUCCAGUAUACAUCCCUAGACCACUUUCGGAUGCUGCCAUAUACACCUUAAGUGCUGUUCGAUUCAUAUCACCACAGCAGGACCGCUCUGAUUAUGGCUCCAGGGCUGGCGAGAAUAACCUAGUCAAACCCUUCUUGCGGCUCGACCUCCCUAUGAACUACGUUACGGCACCUCUAAUAGCAGAUCUUUUUCUCCUUGCCAUCUCGGCGAUUGGCCGACAGGAAGUGUACAAUGGCACGAUCGGGGCCGAUAACAUUACACCAUUCGAUAUUAUACUUGUCUUUCUCUCGCUGGGAUACAUCGCCAACCAGUCAUCCGGUCUAAUUAAAUACUUAGUAUUUAAAGUGCUCCAAAGGGCAGGAUCGGUUGGGCAUCGAUUAUACGCAUAUCUCUAUCCUUGUUUCUUUGGCAUAGGCAUUUUUAUUGGAAACGACCCCAUUAUGGUAUUGUUCCUGUCAUACAUGAACCGGAUAGCGUCCAACAUUGUACAUCCAAGAGCAUGGAUACAUACCCAGUUCGCCGUAGCUAAUAUUGCUACCGCACUCCUUGUCACUUCUAAUCCGGCCAACCUUGUACUCGCCGGAGCUUUCAAUAUCAAGUUCGUUACUUACACCGCCAACAUGGUACUCCCCGUUCUUGCUAUGGCCAUACUACUGCUUCCUAUCUUGUUGUAUAUCGUUUUUGCGGACGAAUCGCUGAUCCCUCUUUCGAUUAAGCUACAUGAGAUCCCUUAUGAAGCGAGAGCUAAGCCCCCCCGAAAUGUCAAUCUCCCCGUUCCCAGAAUAAGAGUCGGUGAACUUGAAGACCAUCUCGAUGAAUCCAAGGGGACACUUUCCAUGGAAGAAAUUCUAAAUCCUUAUCUAGAUAAAAGAAGUGCAGCGUUCGGAGCCAUCGUCAUGGUCUCGACAGUUAUUAUCCUUCUGGUUCUUAACGCUGUGGCAUUGCCAGCUGCAUUCGUCAUGUUCUUCUGGGACCUUGCAUUUGGAUGGUAUCACCGGCUUGAAACCCGUGAGAUCGCUCGUAAGGCAUUACACGAGUCUGAGCUUGCUCGAGCUGAACGUACUCGAGCAGAACGAGUGGUCAGAGAGAUGGAGGAAGAGGAGAGAGCUGGCCUAAAGCUCAAAGACGAACAGUGUAUCUCUUCUCUAGAGCCCGCCAGUUCGGCACCGGGUCAAUUUCAGAGCCAAAACGGCGCAAUUAGUGGUCACGAUAACAUUGGGGACACAGACGAGAUCACACAAGUGAUUGGCAGUACUAAUACGUCUUCGACUUUUCCAACGUUACUGCCAAGCGCUACUCAAGCGCCUCCCGCUUCCGAGAAGGCGAACUGCCUGACUCUUGUAAUAAACUAUCGACUUGAACCUUUUAGUAUAAUGCGGGGAGACCAACCGCAGAACGAUCGAGAACCAAGGAGUCAGAUAACUGAGCUGGAGAAUAAGCGUACAUUGGCUACCUCAGACCUUCAAAAUGGACCGCCGCAGGAACUGCCAGACACACUAUCGAGCGGGGCGAAGGAGAUGCAGCAGGUUUUGGGCCACACGGACUCUAUCUAUUCAUCACAACGCCGUCCAGUAAUAAAAUCGAGCCGAGGGGGCGAGAAGAAGAGCGAUCUGGACGCUGAGAAUAAUUUCACUGAGGAUCAGCCCAGGAAUGAUCGGCAUCGGCCAACGCUCACCUCACUGGUUGCAGAUGCGUAUCUUUGGUCCCAGAUGACCUUCCCUACUGCUACUGUUGCAUUAGCGAACCUCCCUUUUGCACUUGUGCCCUUUGCAUUCUCUAUGUUUGUCCUCGUACAAGCUUUAGUCCAUAAGGGUUGGGUUCCCGUCUUUGCUCACGGAUGGGACCAUUGGGUAAACAAAACAGGGACUGUUGGUAGCAUUUUUGGCAUGGGUCUCCUGUCUACAAUUCUGUGCAACUUUGCAGGCACAAAUAUUGGUGCCAGCAUUCCGCUAUCCUGCGUCGUCCAAGCGUGGCAAGAAAUCCACCAAAAGAACGGAAUCCCUAUCAGCGACAGAACGUUCUGGGCAACAGUAUAUAGCAUGGCGCUUGGUGUGAACUACGGGGCCUUUAGUCUGACCUUCGGUGCAUCGCUGACUGGCAUUAUGUGGCGUGAUGUGCUUGCUAAGCAAGGGAUCUGGGUCCGACGUCUUGAUUUUGCGCGAGUGAAUCUUCCUAUUAUUGUCUUCGCAAUGGCAAUCAGUUCUGCUGUUCUUGUUGCCGAGGUAUAUAUUGUUAGGGACACCUCUCCUUACAAUUCCUAA